GGUGUAUUACCGUGGGAGAUCUUAUGGGUUCCCUCUUUUGGAUAUAACGAUUGGGAUCUGGAUUGAUGUGUUCUAGGAUUAUCUGUGGUACAAUGGACCAUUUUCCACUCAUUUGUCAAGCAUAUCAAGCAAGUCAGGCAAGUCAAGCAUGCACUUCAAUUAUUAGCCGGACCAAGCUUUUCUCCUUCCCCUAGUCAACCUGCGAAAUCCGCCGAUUCCAACGUGGGAAGAAAAAGAGGAAAAAACAUACCGUUGUCAAUUUACCCCCCAAUCCAAUCACGAACCACCUUUGGUAGGGAAAACCGGAGAUCCACUUCUACUCGACCGCUCGCGCUCGCUCAGAUAUCUUCUUCAUCUUGCGCCCCAAUACUUCUUCUUCCUUCUUCUCUCUCUUCCAACAACACACACCUUCAUUAUCCCAAUACCUGCAGCUUGCUCCAGACAACUCACAAUCAGACUUCGUUGGCAAAGUCUACACUCAUUCAAAGUAUAUUGCAAGAAAACAUACUCCAGACAUCUAUCAGAUUCACUCACCAUCAUUCGAUACCUCCCCAUUCACCAAAUACAAUAUCCUUUCUCCCUAGCUACUGCUCAAGGUUUGAGUCUAUUGACCUAAAACACUCCACUUUCGAAACAAUAUCAAACAUUAUCUACGCUUUGAUCAAUAUCUUUCUGAUAUACAUCUGCCGCCUCCAAGCAGCUACCCACCAACGACCACUCAAAUCUAUUUAACGUUGGUCUCGAUCCUCCAAAACUAUAACACACAUUCCUCUCACACAAUUACUUUCUUGUCAAUAAAUUCAAAAAUCUAUACUCAAGAACCUUUCGCCAACCACCACAUUCACAAUGCAGUUCCACGGUCUCACAGCAUUGUUGCUUUCCCUUUUUGUCGCAUGCGUAUGCGCACAAUCAGUUACCUCCACCACAACCUUCACAUCUACAUCCACCCACACUCGCACCAUGACAGUAUCUGAAGUCAUCGCAUCCGUCACCUCCACCUACUCCACCCACAACACCACUGCCAUUGCACCUACCGGAUCCGUUGGAACCGUCAUCGCAUCCACCACCUCAAGAAUUGGCUCACCAUCAAGCGCUCCUCUGCCAACCAACUUCUCCGGUGCAGCUUCAAAUGUUCAAGCAAGCUAUGGCGUAAUGGGAUUGUUUGUCAUGGCUGUUGCAGCGUUGCUGUAAACAAACAAAUGAUGAGACAAAGAAUGCGGGUCCAUCUAGACGGCGCCGAUCAUGCAUUUGAUUGAUCGUCAUUCCUGCCCUAUGGCAUCUAGAUCUUUUUCAGGAAUGCGUUUCCAAAAAUACCCUCUCUCUUCAUCUUCUCAAGGAAAGAACCAAAUAAACAAAUCUUCCCACCCACGAAAUCUUCGAUGCGACAUCUCCUCACCUCAAUUAUACUCUUCAGACUUCUUUUAUUUUAUCUUACGAACCCCCCCCUUUUACGGCUUGACGAUACCUUUUUUGUUCUUUUUUGAUUUAUUUCUCACGCCUGAAAAAAAUUCUUGCUCGCUUCUUAUUGAUCUUGGCUUCUUUUUUCGACGGAGCACGAAUACCCCCGAUUAACGAUUAAAAUAUACCCUCACACAUAUCUUUGAUUCGUUACCUGGAGUUCUUUUUUCGAUCCAUCUUCUUUCUUGGUUAUUCUCUCUACCCACACCUCGAGAUUCCGAUACGUUCAGUCCAUGCGUAUGUUGCGAUAUUGUCACUUGUGAUAACUGGAACACGCACUCGUUAUUAUGAAUACUGGUCAUAUCACAAUGACUAUUCACACUGUCGAAUACGUGUUAUGGAAUUGGUAUAGGUGUGGAUAAUCAAGAUUUGGUUGAUUUGGAUCCUUUUUGAUUUUUGAUUUAUGGAUGGGUGGCUUGAUUUGCAUUGGCGGUCAUUGGCAUGGAACAAUAUUUAAACCACCCUGUUUGUUGUCUACUCGCCGCUGAUCGGCUUGAGAAUCUUGAACGGAGAUGACGGGAUUGGAUAGAGAAUUCUUUUCUUGACGAGACGCUUUUAUACCUUUAGUUGUGCAUAGUUUUUGUGGUGUGGUUGGUGUUUUUUAUGGUGGCGGUGGAUGAAUGCAUAAGGCAUGAGUAGUGGAUGAGAAAGAUAGAUAGAAAAAAUGAGAAUUCAAAUAUGAAAUACGUUGUUA